ACUGAGCAUGCCCAAUUUGUGUGACUGACUUUCACCAAGUAGAACAAUCAACAAGAUCACCAUAAAGGCUUUACCAACACCAGGCCAGUAAAGUGACCACUGAAAACCAUUCCCAAAUUUGUGAUCAAUGGACCCAAGUUUAGGGAGAGGAACUCCUUUGGUCUACAAAAAUGCUUUGAGUCCCAGUCUCUAAUUUCUUCCUUCUCAGAUACUCUGGUCUCCACCCAAGGGACAAUAUUCGGUGAGAUGCAGCCAUUUUGUUGGUCAGCAGGAGCUCAGAAGCAAGAAAAUGUCAUAGUGGUAGAAUACAGCGUCAUCCUUCUCAGUAACAGCCCAUCGCUGGAAGCUUCCAGAUCGUUGUGCCAAUCAAGUGGAGGAGGGACUUUCCUUUAGAGAGCCUUAUGUGAACAUUUUGUGAGAAACUUGUCAACUUGCUUGUUCAAUUUUUUAGCCAUACUAUUUCUGAUACUUAGGUGCUGUCUCUUAGAGAGCCUGAAACAGCGAAGACAUGACUCAAGACAUGGAGGAAACUGUAGUUUUCUGAUGAGAGUUAUUCAAAUACAAAUAUGCCUGGAAAGUGCAAGUCAAACUAAUUUAGAUCAUUAUCAGAAAACAGAAGGUUCCAUUAGCUUUGGGACCAGAAGAGGGAUCUGGCAAAGCCAGAAGGUUAGAUGGAGAGAAACAGAGGUAGACAGACUGUGGCAAAGUACACAGAGGAGGUGCUGAGGAGGAAAUGAAAGUAAACAGCUAUAUUACACCAUUGUCUUCUCAUGCUCAGAGACUUUUGGAGAUAUUAACCUCACUCUAGGCAUGCUGAACAUGGAAGAUAAUAUUAGCAAGGAAGACAUUUAUAGUCAUCUCACUUCCGUUAUUCAGAAUAGUGACAUCUUGGAUGAUGCAAUCGUCCAACGGUUGAUUUAUUAUGCUUCUAAGGACAUGAGAGACAACAAUAUCCUCAGAGAAACCAGAAUGCUGGCUGGUGAGGUGUUGGUGUCUCUUGCUGCGCAUGAUUUCAACUCUGUGAUGUAUGAAGUGCAGAGUAACUUCAGGAUCCUGGAGCUACCGGACGAAUUCAUCGUGCUUGCUCUGGCUGAACUGGCGACCAGCUACGUGUCCCAGAGCAUCCCCUUCAUGAUGAUGACCCUGCUAACCAUGCAAACCAUGCUCAGGCUGGCCGAAGAAGAGAGGAUGAAGGGAGUUUUCUGUACUGCCCUUGAGAAGUUCAGCAAGGCCAUUUACAAAUAUGUCAACCACUGGAGAGACUUUCCCUAUCCAAGAUUGGAUGCCAACCGACUAUCUGACAAGAUCUUCAUGCUGUUCCGGUAUAUAAUGGAGAAGUGGGCCCCCAUUACCUCGCCCAUGCAAACUUUGGCCAUCGUUAAGGCGCAUGGCCCCACAGUGAGCCUGUUGCUUCAUCGGGAAGACCUCUGUGACUAUGCCCUUGACCAGGUACCCUGGCUCCUGAACCAGUAUAAAGACAAAGAGAUUGAUUUCCACGUCACUCAGAGUCUAAAACAAAUACUGACCGCGGUGGUCCUUUAUGACACUGCCCUUCCAAAGGGCUUGAGAAAGACCAUCUUUAUCAGUUUGCUCCACCAGGUGUGCAGAGCUCCAGAGCCUCCUACGAAGGAAAAUGAAAUUGAAGCUUCAAGCUGUUUCCUCAUUCUAGCCCAUUCCAACCCUGCAGACCUGAUGGAAUUUUUUGAUGAAGAAAUGAGGAGUAAUAAUGAAACCACUCGAAUGGGAAUUUUGACUUUGCUAAGAUCGGCUAUCAAUGCUGAGGAGCCCAAGUUGCGGGAUCACAUCACUUCAAUUGAAAGAACAGUCAAAGUUGUCAUGGGUGACCUCAAUAUAAAAGUGAGGAAUUCCACUCUCCUCCUCAUUCAAACCAUGUGUGAGAAAUGCUUCAUUGAAGCCCGGGAAGGAUGGCCACUGAUUGAUUAUAUCUUCUCCCAGUUUGCCAUGUCCACAAAGAACCUGGAAAAACCAAUGAAACCUAAAUCCCAUGAGAUUGAAAAGGGAGAGGAAUCUGUCCGGGAAACAAGCCUCGAGGUCUUAAAAACCCUAGACCCACUGGUCAUUGGAAUGCCCCAGGUGCUGUGGCCAAGAGUCCUGACUUUUGUAGUUCCUGCAGAAUAUACAGGAACUCUGGACUACCUGUUUAAUAUCAUCAGAAGCUUGAUUAUGGCAGAAGAGAGGAAGAAGAAUGAUGCCAAGGAGUCAACAGCACUUGUCAUCUCCACCGGAGCUGUGAAACUUCCUUCGCCCCAGCAGCUCUUGGCCAGACUUCUGGUAAUAUCUAUGCUUGCCAGUUUAGGGAAAUUAUGUGGGGCUAGUGCAAUAGGACUUUUGAAGAUACUGCCUGAGAUAAUUCACCCCAAGUUGGUAAACCUGUGGAAAACACGCUUUCCUGAGCUCCUGCAGCCUCUGGAAGGAAAGAACACUAGCAUCGUGCUAUGGGAAACCAUGCUGCUUCAGUUACUCAAAGAAUCUUUAUGGAAGAUCAGUGACGUAGCUUGGACCAUUCAACUGAGUCGAGAUUUUAAGGAGCAAAUGGGCAGUUACAGCAACACCUCCCUUGAGAAGAAAUUCCUUUGGAAAGCCUUGGGAACCACCUUAGCAUCCUGCCAAGAUAUAGACUUUGUAAGCUCACAGAUUAAGGAAUUUCUGAUUGCUCCCAACCAACUGGGGGAUCAGCGACAGGGAAUAACAUCUAUUUUAGGAUACUGUGCUGAAAGCCACUUGGAUACUGUUUUAAAAGUUCUUAAAACAUUCCAAGAUCGGGAAAAGUUUUUCAUGAAUCGAUGUAAGGGUAUUUUUUCUGGGAAAAAGAGCCUGACCAAGAUUGAUGUCAUGGUAAUCUAUGGAGCCGUGGCCCUCCAUGCUCCCAAGGGUCAACUCCUCACCAGGCUUGAUCAAGACAUUGUUUCCCAAGUCCUCUUUCUUUAUGGCCAGUGCUCUCAGGUUCUGGGCGUGUCUGUGAUGAGCAAGGACAUGGAUCUGCAAAUGAGUUUCACAAGAACUGUCACUGAGAUUGGUAUUGCUGUCCACGAUGCUGAGGAUCAGGGAUUCAAGUUCUCAUACAAGGAGGUGCUGCUGGGUUACAUGCUGGACUUCAUCAGGGAUGAGCCCCUGGACUCCCUAGCUAGCCCUGUUCGGUGGAAAGCCUUAAUCGCCAUCAGAUACCUCAGUAAACUGAAACCUCAGCUCCCACUCAAUGACCACCUAAAUAUUCUCGAAGAAAAUAUUCGCAGGCUGCUUCCCCUUCCACCUCUGGAAAAACUCAAAGAUGAAGGCGAGACAGACAAGGACAAGGAGCACAUCAGUUUCCUCUAUGAACGAUCCAUGGAUGCCCUAGGAAGGUUGCUGAGGACCAUGAUGUGGGAUAAUGUGAAAGCGGAGGACUGCCAAGAAAUGUUCAAUGGAGAUGUCCAGCCUGACCCAUUUAACCCAUCACAUAGGGCCAGUCCACUUAAGAAUUGUUUGUGGGAGCUUCUCCGAAUGUGGCUUGUCUCACAAAAAGAUUGGGAAAGAGAAAGAGCCUUCCAGAUCACUGCAAAAGUGCUGACAAACGAUAUCGAGGCUCCAGAGGACUUUAAAAUCGGCUCCCUCCUGGGCCUCCUGGCUCCUCACUCCUGUGACACCCUGCCCACCAUCCGUCAAGCAGCUGCUCGCUCCACUAUUGGUCUGUUCUGUAUAAAAGGCACCCACCCAGAGGUGGAAAGACUGCAGAGUCUGCAGGAAGGGCUGCAGUGUGAUGACGGGCAGGUCCAGAUCAAGAUUUCUUCUAAAAUAGCGAAGAUUGUCAGUAAACUCAUCCCAGUUGAAGAAAUCGUACUGUUCCUGGAGGAAACCCUGGAUGGUCUGGAGAGCCUUAACUCUGCCUGUACCCGGGCUUGUGGCAUAUGGAUGAUUACGGUCCUGAAGGAGCAGGGAGCCGCUUUGGAAGAACAGCUGUUGGAGAUCUUGAUCAUGAUUUACCAUCACAUGCCAGUCCUCAGGCAAAAGGAGGAAAGUUUCCAGUUCAUGCUGGAAGCCGUCUCUCAGAUCGCCAGCUUUCACAUGGAGGCAGUCGUCGCCAACCUUUUACAGAAACCACUGCCCUUUGACAGGGACACAAAGACAUUGUGGAAGGCUCUGGCUGAGAACAUAGCCUCCAGUAGUAAACUCUUGAGAGCCUUAACAGACAAACUUGAGAAUGAAUUAGAAGAUGACAUGGCCGGGACAGAAGCGAUUUCAGUGGCCUGUGCUAUGUAUGAAGUGGUAUCAACAGGCACCCCCAUCACCAGCUUGUACCCGGAGCUGUUCACUCUUCUCCUGAAGCUGGUCAGCUGCACACUGGGCCAGACAAUGCCCAUUUCCACCUGGAGCCACAGGCGGCGGGUAAUGCAGCAGGGAGAACGGCAGCAGACCGCAGACCCCUGCAGGCUCUCGACGGUGACUCUGAAGUGUGUGCAAGCCCAAGCCAUGAAAGAAGGUCUUGCCAAGGAAUCUGAUGAGGGGGACAACUUAUGGACCCUCCUCAGCAGUCCCAGUACCCACCACGUGGGAGUGUGCGCACUGGCCAGGAGCAUGGCGCUGUGGCAGCGUGGGCUCAUGCUGGACAUCAUAGAGCAACUGUUCUCAUCCUUGACCUCCUCCUCAGAGAACUACCGCAUCACCGGCACAGCUUUCUUCUCUGAGCUCAUGAAGGAGCCCAUCCUUUGGAAGCACGGGAAUCUACGGGAAGUGCUGAUCCUCAUGGACCAGAGCGCCUGGGACUCCAACGCCACGCUGAGGCAAAUGGCCAUCCGAGGGCUUGGUAACACAGCUUCUGGAGCCCCUCACAAGGUGAAGAAGCAUAAGCAGAUAAUAUUAGAAUCUAUCAUCAGAGGCCUGUACCACUUGGCCCGCACCGAAGUCGUCUGUGAAAGCUUGAAGGCUCUAAAAAAGAUCCUGGAGCUGCUCACAGACCGAGACGUGAGCUUCUACUUCAAAGAGAUAGUGCUGCAAACGAGAACCUUCUUUGAAGACGAGCAGGAUGAUGUGAGACUGACUGCCAUCUUCUUAUUUGAGAAUCUGGCAUCCCUAACAGGAAGAAGGUGGAAGAUAUUUUUUGCAGAAGAAAUAAAAAAGAGCAUGAUUUCAUUCCUUCUCCACCUCUGGGAUCCCAAUCCCAAGAUCAGAGCUGCUUGCCGUGAUGUCCUGAUCAUCUGCAUCCCUUUCCUGGGCCUUCAGGAACUCUAUGGGGUGUUAGAUCAUCUCCUUGAUGGUCAGGAUCUACCAAGGGCCAGGGAUUUCUACAGGCAAUUCUGCGUGAAACUGGCAAAGAAAAACCAGGAAAUCCUGUGGAUCCUCCACACACACUCAUUCACCUUCUUCAGCAGCAACUGGGAGAUGAUCCGGAGCACUGCUGUCAAACUCACAGAUGCCAUUGUUCUCAAUUUGACAAACCAAUAUGUGCAGUUAUUAGAUAAAGAACAACUAACCACACGGCUCCAAGCACUUCGGCAAGACCCCUGCAUCAGCGUCCAGAGAGCAGCUGAAGCUGCCUUGCAGACCCUCCUGAGAAGGUGUAAAGAGCUAGGCAUCCUUCUGUAAACCAUCAAGAAAUAAACAGCU